AUGUACAUAAUUCCUGUUUUGCCUUUGCUUCUCUUCGUACUAUCCUCACAACCAUCAGAUGCCGCUGAUGACAACCCGGUGACAGUACGUUUCCACUGCCAGCGGGGAUGUUGUGACCAUCACGAAUGGUGUCGAUUUUGGGCCUCAGUUGGCGAGUGCAGAUCGAAUCGUGAAUGGAUGGCCGACAACUGCCAGCUAGUUUGUGGAUCGUGUAGACCGGGUUCUGCCCGUACAGCCCGACCACCUGACGCCUCAUCGUUGGCCAGACCUCCGCCUCGAAUGCCUCGACCAGGAACUAGUCAGGCGUCGAAUCCUCGACCGAGUAAUCCUCGGCCGGUAGGACGACGUCCUGCAUCACGAACCACACCCAGGGAUCGUCCAUCGGUCCAAGCACGACCUCAGGAUCGUCGACCUCAACGUCCCGCUUCAACCACUCUGCCGCGGACAACACCGAGAACAACACAAAGGAUACUCCCGUUCAGUAGAGCAACUAGACCGCUCAGAACUAGGCCAAGUCCAAGCCUCAACGAUACGCUAUUACAUGGCAUCAGUUCAAGGCGUCAGUCGGCCAAUAGAACGACUACGAGACCUCUUCUGCAUGCUCGAGGGCAACAGCUCAAUUCUUCUCAAGUAGGAAUGCCAGUAGUCACCUCGACACAGCCCUUUGAGAUGGAGAAUCGCCGGCCAUUUCCACCUAAUCCGCCUCAGGUGAUCAACGGAGGACCAGAGCGGAGUCGAAUACCUCCACAACCACAAGCUUCACCUCACUCAUCGCAAGCUGAGGAGUCUCGACCACAACCUGCACUUCCUCAACCACCACCUCCAACCCUUCCACCACAGCCGCCAAUUCUUCCACCGCAGCCUCCGAUCCUUCCACAGCAGCCGCCGAUUACUCCACCGCAGCCUCCGAUCCAUCCACCACAACCUGUGGCACUUCAUUCACAGAUCGAAGAGCUGCGGCUGCAGACGUCAACACCCCAGACACGACUUGAACAACCUCGACUGCAGGAGCCAGUACCUCAAAUUCGGUUUGAUGAGUUCCGAGUGCAGACUUCACCGCCUCAACUUAUCCUUCCGACAACCCCUGUGCUCACCACCACCACCACUUCAACAGCAGCACCCACGACUACA